AUGGCAACUUCUUCCACCUUCUUCUCUCCUUUCCUCUUCCUGUGUGUGCUGGUUCUUUCUGCCAUCAGUCUUGCAGUCUCCCUGGACCCUGGCACAAAGCUCAAAAAUGUCCCUGAGAACAACAACCAUCUUCAAAACCAAGAGAUGUGGCUGCAGCAGCCCAAAAGUGGGCACCACCACAAGCAUGGCUUGGCCAAGAAGGAGAGGGUCCAUGCCAUGCCUUCUAGAGGGCGGCUGGCCUCUGAGGAAGAGGCCCUCAGAAUGGGUAGCGGAGCUCCAGCUGUGGAAGAGCUGGCAGCAGAGGGACAGCCAGCAGCCCUGAAACAGAAUAAGGAUGUGUUCCUGGGUUUUGAGUUCCCAUAUCCUGAGAGGGAGAACCAGUCCCCUGGGUCUGAGAGAGGGAAGAAGCAGAACCGAGAGCAUCGGCGACACAGCCGCAGGGACAGGCUGAAGCAUCACAGAGGGAAGACUCCUGAGGCUGGGCCAAGUGCCCUGUACAAGAAACCUGAAAGCUUUGAAGAACAGUUUCAAAACCUCCAGGCAGAGGAAGCUACAAGUCUGACUCCCACCAUGCUUCUCUUCACUGCACUGGAACUAGCUGUUUCCACAGAAGAGCCUCCUGUCCUCCCAGCCACAUCACCACGGUCACAGGCCCGCCUCAGGCAAGAUGGGGAUGUGAUGCCCACCCUAGAUAUGGCACUCUUUGACUGGACAGAUUAUGAGGAUCUCAAACCAGAAAUGUGGCCAUCUGCUAAAAAGAAAGAGAAACGCCGCAGUAAGAGCCCCAACAGUGGAAAUGAAACCGUGGCGGCUGAAGGAGAGCCAUGUGAUCAUCACCUUGACUGCCUCCCAGGCUCUUGCUGUGACUUGCGUGACCACGUCUGCAAACCACACAAUCGAGGCCUUAACAACAAAUGUUACGAUGACUGUAUGUGCACUGAAGGGCUACGCUGUUAUGCCAAAUUCCACCGGAACCGAAGAGUGACCCGGAGGAAAGGGCGCUGCGUGGAGCCUGAAUCAGCCAACGGAGAGCAGGGAUCAUUCAUUAAUGUUUAGGAGGGUGGGACUCCUGCCUGGAUGGUCAGGAGCAGGGGUCAAACUGUUUAUACCUAGCAAUGGGAAUUAGAGGAGAAAGUCAAGCAAAUGACUGAAGCUGCAGGCUCUGAACAUGCCAGGUUCCAACAAGACUGAAGCUCUUGUUAAUUACAAAUAGAGUGGCCUCAGCCUUUUCCAUACCAGGGCUGCAUUCCCCGUCCCUUCGCUCAGCACAUUCCUGCCAUUGAGCUGAGUCCCCUCUCCCAGUUAGUAAGAGGUGAUCAUGACUACCGUUCUGAUGGCAAGAUAUGAAAGAUCCUUCAAGUCAAAGGGGAUAUGAGCUUAAACUUUACCUCUUAACUAUUGUGUGAGAAGAAAGAUAGAUCCUCCUUACGGAUCAGAGGUUCCUACAGGAUAGGAAGCUUGU